AUGAGUACUCCAAGAUCCCGUCUUUUCGAGCCUGUCAGGCUCGGCACCAUAGAUUUGAAGCACAGGAUCGUCCUCGCCCCCUUGACUAGAUACCGCAACGGCGAUGACCACGCUGCCCUGCCUUUCAUGCAGCGCUACUACGCGGACCGCGCCUCUGUUCCCGGAACGCUGGUCAUCUCCGAAGCUACCGGCAUCGCUCAAGGCCAAGAAGGCCAGCGCUUCCUCCCCAGCUUCGUCACGGAUGCACAAGUUGCCGCCUGGAAGAGCAUCAUCGAAGGCGUGCACGCCAAGGGAUCUUUCUGGUUCCAGCAGCUCUGGGAUCAAGGCCGCGCGGCUGAUCCGUCUUACGCCCCCGAGGAGAUGAGCGAGGGGGACAUCCAGAAGGUCAUCCAGGACUAUGUCGCGAGCGCCAGGCGCGUUAUUGCUGCCGGUGGCGACGGUGUGGAAGUUCACGGCGCCCACGGCUAUUUGAUCGACCAGUUCCUGUCAGAUGUCGUCAACAAGCGGACUGACAAGUGGGGAGGCUCUGUCGAAAACCGCGCUCGCCUUGUUGUCGAAGUUGUCAAGGCCGUCUCGGAAGCAAUCGGCACCCAGCGUGUCGGUCUCCGCUUGUCGCCAUACGCCAGCUUCCAGGGCGCCACCAAGUCUGAUACCAAGGAACUCAACCUGCACAUCGUCAAACAGCUGAAGGCGCUCGACGGGGCGCUCGCGUACAUUUCCCUUGUCGAGGCCCGCGGCGAUCCGGCUACUUUGAUGCUCAACAACCCAGAAGACGAGACCAAGACACUAGACUUCAUCCUCGAGGAGUGGGACAACCGAUCCCCUGUGAUUGUUGCCGGGGGUUAUACCCCUGAGUCGGCUCAGCAGGCUGUUGACGGCCACUAUCAGAAGUGGAAUGUGCUCGUCGCUUUCGGCCGUCACUUCCUUGCCAACCCGGACCUGGUGUACAGGGUCGAAAACGGGAUACAACUGAACGAGUACAACAGGAACACGUUUUACUUGAACAAGACAGAGGAAGGGUACAACGACUACCCCUUCAGCCCUGAGUUCCUCAAGGCAUCAGCAUAA